UGAACUGGUGCGAAGCGAGAGUUUUCGAGGCGCGCCCGAUCACCACCACGACGGAGAGCCCCAGGCAGACGGGGCCACAAGCUCGUAAUUCGGGGAAGGACGCUGUUCCCCCCGUGAAGCGACGCUGGGUCCCUCCAUCAACAUUGCGACGUCAAGAUGCGCUCACCCCCGAGUCUCGUAACGACCUCGUCUUCCGCAAGGUGCGUGGCAUCCUCAACAAGCUCACCCCGGAGAAAUUCCAGAAGCUGAGUGAUGACCUGCUCCGCAUCGAGCUCCAUUCGAGCGUCAUCCUAAAGGGCGUCAUCCUGCUCAUAUUCGACAAGGCCCUCGACGAGCCAAAGUACUCGUCUAUGUAUGCACAGCUGUGCAAGCGCCUGUCCGAAGAAGCCCCCAAUUUCGAACCCGACGAAAGCGCGUGCACCUUCCGCCUUCUGCUGCUCAACAAGUGCAAAGUAGAAUUCGACAACCGCGCGGCGGCUUUGGAAUCCAGCAGCACCGGCGUCAACGAGGAAGAUGAGGAGCGUCGGCAGGUCGCCAAGCGCAAGAUGCUUGGCAACAUCAAGUUCAUCGGCGAACUCGGCAAGCUGGAGAUACUCUCUGAGGGCAUCCUUCACCGCUGCAUCCAGGAACUACUGGUGCGCCGCGGUGACGAUCCUUCCGAGGACUUGGAGUGUUUGUGUCAAAUCAUGCGCACCUGCGGUCGCAUUUUGGACUCGAGCAGGGGCCAGAAACUCAUGGAUCAGUACUUCGAUCGUAUGAAACUGCUCACGGAGAAUUCAGAUUUGCAGCCCAGGAUUCGUUUCAUGUUGAAAGACAUAAUCGACUUGAGACAGGAUGGGUGGGUGCCGAGAAAGGCGACUGUUGUGGAAGGCCCCAUGCCCAUCAACCAGAUUAGACCGGCGGACGACGAUCGGCCGGGAUUCAGAAGAGAUCGCACUCACCACGACAGGGACAGCGAAAGAUCGAACAUCUCGGAGCUGUUCCGUCAUCCGAUGAAGACCAGAAGCGGCCUCAACGACAUGAUCAUGAGCAUGAAUUUGACACCUUCCUCGCCCAAUCUCAUUCCUACGAACACUUUCGGUUCCAACGGCUUCGGGAACCAACGCGACGGAGGAUUUCGCGGACACAACAACCAACGCAGCGGAUACAACAACUAUAACACUAGCCAACGUGGACAGUACAAGCACAACCAGAACAACGCCAACUCGCAGUACAACCAGUCCAACAAAGAAAUCGCUCCGCGCUUCAAGAAGAACCUAAUUUUGCCCAAGGAAGAAAUCGAAGAUGUCGAGUUGAGACCUACGUCGAUGCUUUUCAAUAAAGCGUCGGUUAAAAGUAAUAACAUAAUGAAUAGUCGUACGAUUGAGCCUACUUUUACUCAAACCAUGAAACAACCACCGCCUGCCUUACAUAAAGAACCGUUACCGAUUAAACAAGUAAGCUCCGAGAAACCGAAACAAUCUAAGAAAGAUAAGGGCCCGACGAAAGAUGAAGUACUCAAGAAGUUUGCAACCCUUUUGGACGAGUAUUGGAAAGGCGAUAUCGAUCUCAAGCAAGCCAUUAACUUGUUUAAAGAGCAUAAAGUUCCAGACAAAUUCGCCAAGGAUGUUAUGUUGCACGGUUUGUCGAUUGCUUUAGACAAGUCAGAUGUAGAACAGGAAAAGUUAAUUAAACUGCUAAGCAGUUUAAAAGAAGAGAACGCGAUCAAUGGCAACACCCUCCAGGACACCUUCAAAUCCUUAUGCAACGUCUUAGACGAGCGAGAAAACGAAAUAGAGAAAGCGACAAGCGCCGUGGCCUUCCUUUUCUCGAUCGCCACCACCGAGCAUUUGACCUCCUUGUCAGAAGUGGCUUCGCUCACCGACAACGGUGCCCACUAUCCCCUGUUCUUGCUCGUCUUGCAGCACCUCCACCAGAAACGCGGCAAACAGGAACUCACCGAGCUGUUCAACAAGAGCAAGGUGAACCUGCUGACUCAGCUUCCCGAGAGCGACAAGACCAAGGAGCGGCUGUCCGAGAUUCUGGAGGAGCGCGAUCUGACAUUCUUGUAUCCUCUGCUGCGCAUCCAAGCCGAAUUGGCCAGGCAGCUGAACGCCGAUCCCAAUCCGCAGUCAUACUACAAGUGGAUCAAGGAGAAUUUGGAUCCGAGCAACUUCAGUGAUGCCGGAUUCAUCAAUGCUCUUAUGACCGUGCUUUUGAAGUAUAUAACGCAAGAAGCGGCCGCCAGCGGCGAUGAUAAAGCCGUCGCGGAGAAGGAGAAGAGCAUGCUGGAGCGUUACCAGCCGAUUUUGCACGCGUUCUUAAGAGAGAAACUCUCACUUCAACUUGUGGCCGUGUAUUCUUUGCAGGUGCAUUUUUACUCGUUAAAUUUCCCGAGGGGACAACUUCUCAGGUGGUUUAUGGCCCUCUACGAUCUGGAGAUCGUCGACGAAGAGGCCUUUCUUAAUUGGAAAGAGGAUGUCACUGAUGCAUAUCCCGGAAAGGGACAAGCUUUGUUCCAGGUAAAUCAGUGGCUAACAUGGUUGCAGGAGGCCGAAUCUGAAGAAGAAGAGGGUGAAGAUUAGAUCGGCGUCAUGCCGUACGCGUCGAUCACUUAGGAAAAGUUAAAGUAAUUUAAGUUAUUAAAUACACGCAGGGACUCCAGUCCUGUAUUUUCUUUGUUUUUGGUGUCGACAAAGGUUUCUGUAGUCCGUUAACAUGUCGUUAAGCCUCGACGAAUAAUGUUUUUCAUUGUUUUCCGCGCCGAAUAACUUCUAGUUGGAAUUGUACAACCUACUGGCUGUUAGUUUCUGUGCGUGAAUGGUUUUUAUAAUCUAAUUUUAAUUAAUUGAAUAAUAGGAAAAGUGAUUUAGAUCUGUAAGUUUAUAUACCUAUUGCAUGAUUGCCACCUAAAUUGAAUGUGACGUGGUCCAGUAUUGUACCCGCACCUACCACUCUUGACUGUGUUGAUAAAUUAAUGAUUAUACUUCAUGAGCUUUUCAAACUAUAAUAUAUACUUUUAUAACAAUGUGUUCUCUGUUUAUGUAAUUGAAUGUCCUAUUAUUUUUAUUUUUCAAGUAUUUUGUUAUAAAUAAUAGUUAAAUUCCCAAUACACUUAGAUUAGUCAGUGUUUCACAUAAAUUAUAAAUCAUGUCCUGUGAAUAUGAUUGUGUUAAUAAACUAUUCGGUGGUAUUUUGCUAUCGACGUAAAUUUUAA